UGCUUUGCUUCUCCUUUUUUGCCAUUCCUUUCUUUGCUCGAGUCUCCGAGACUCGAACAACUUCACAAGAAGAAGAAGAAGAAUUUGAAAAGCAGCUUUCCCUUCUUAUUCCCAUAUGCUUCUCAAAGUUGCAGCCAUGUUCAAUCCUGUGUCUGUACUGUCAGAUCCAAAGAAUAGAUCAUUCUACUUCAGUCUCUUCAUUGUAGUUUCAUUGAUUAGCGGUGCUUAUUUCAUUGGUGGUGCUUCCAUUGCUAAGGAGUAUAAGGAAAAAUUAAUGAGAUGGAAGGUUACCUACAAUAUGCAGAAUACGAAUUCUGAUACUUGCAAGAAGCAGUGCCAGCCAUUGGGGGCUGACUCAUUACCGGAAGGAAUUGUUGCCAAAACAUCUGACCUCCAAAUCAGGCCUUUAUGGGGCUCCUCUAAUAAAAAUAAAAACUCAAGACCUUCAAAGAGCUUGCUGGCCAUUGCAGUUGGAAUAAAACAGAAAGAAAUAGUGGACAAAAUUGUUAGCAAGUUUCAAUCAAGUGAUUUUGUGGUAAUGCUUUUCCAUUAUGAUGGUACUGUGGAUAAGUGGAGGGAUUUACAUUGGAGUGAUACUGCCAUUCAUGUGUCUGUGAUAAACCAAACGAAAUGGUGGUUCGCAAAACGUUUCUUGCAUCCAGACAUAGUGACUGAAUAUGAACAUAUUUUUCUCUGGGAUGAGGACCUUGGAGUUGAGAAUUUUGAUCCAAAACGAUAUCUAUCAAUUAUUCGGGAUGAAGGACUCGAGAUAUCACAGCCAGCACUUGAUCCUGUCAAAUCGGAGGUUUAUCAUCCAAUCACUGCACGUGUUAAGAAAUCAAAAGUGCACAGAAGGUUUUAUAAGUUCAAAGGCAGUGCAAGGUGUGACGAUCGAAGCUCUGGUCCUCCGUGUAUUGGUUGGGUGGAAAUGAUGGCACCUGUAUUCUCAAGAGCGGCUUGGCGAUGUGUAUGGUACAUGAUUCAGAAUGACUUGGUCCAUGCAUGGGGACUGGAUGAGCAGCUUGGUUAUUGUGCACAAGGCGAUCGAAUGAAAAAUGUUGGAGUGGUUGACUCGGAAUAUAUAAUUCAUCUUGGCCUUCCUACACUUGGUGUCACGGAUAAGGGUAUCAAUGAGUCUCACAAAGAGAACUCACAAGCAUUGGCACCACCUGCUCUUCCCGAACCCAGUGAUAGAGCUAAAGUGAGGAUGCAGUCCUUCAUUGACAUGAAAAUCUUUAAGGAAAGAUGGAGGAAUGCAGUGAAGGACGAUAAAUGUUGGGUAGACCCUUAUUAACUGUUAGCAAAUUCAAAAUCAACCGUAAAUUCUAUUCAUACAACUUUCUAAAUGUGAAAAUCCAAGGUUGGGGACAAUUAUCAUACACAGACGGCAGACAUCAGAUCAAAUAGCUGAUCAACAAUUAUUUGAAGACCGAUAAAGAUGUGAUGUGCAAUGACAUCACUGUUUUGUAUAGGCAGUAUAUAUUGUUGUAUUACUUGUAUAUCAUCCAUCAUUCUCGAUUGUGAUAGCAUCCUCUUUUGUUGUAGAUAUCACCAUGUAAAAACACGAUGAUGUAAUUUAAGGGUAAGUUCGAGCUUGAUUUUAUUCAUCAGUUGUACAGAAUCAAUCAAACGUUCUCAUAAGGUAAGCUCAUGA